AGGGUAGGAAUAUAAAGGGUGUUAACUGAUAGUAGUUGCGCUGGGAGACGAAGCUAGGGUUUCAGUCGGCUGCGGAGAAGACCUGACUUGACCUUGAAGCAGCAGAAGAGCAACUAUGGCGGUUGGAAAGAAUAAGAGGAUUUCGAAGGGAAAGAAGGGUGGCAAGAAGAAGGCCGCCGAUCCCUUUUCCAAGAAGGAUUGGUACGAUAUCAAGGCCCCUUCUGUGUUCCAGGUCAAGAAUGUGGGCAAGACCCUCGUCAGUCGUACCCAGGGCACCAAGAUUGCUUCGGAAGGACUCAAACACAGAGUGUUUGAGGUCUCAUUGGCUGAUCUUCAAGGGGAUGAGGACCAUGCCUUCAAGAAGAUCCGUUUGAGAGCCGAGGAUGUUCAAGGAAAGAAUGUUUUGACAAACUUUUGGGGAAUGGAUUUCACAACUGACAAGCUGAGGUCUUUGGUCCGAAAAUGGCAAACUUUGAUCGAAGCUCAUGUAGAUGUGAAGACCACUGAUAAUUACACUCUGAGGAUGUUCUGCAUUGGCUUUACUAAGAGGCGUGCCAACCAAGUGAAGAGGACUUGCUACGCACAAUCGAGCCAAAUUAGACAGAUCCGCAGGAAAAUGAGAGAGAUAAUGGUUAACCAGGCAACAGCCUGUGAUUUGAAAGAACUGGUCCGCAAGUUCAUCCCUGAGAUGAUUGGCAAAGAGAUUGAGAAAGCAACAUCAAGCAUCUAUCCCCUACAAAAUGUGUUCAUUCGUAAAGUUAAGAUCCUGAAAGCUCCAAAGUUUGACCUUGGCAAAUUGAUGGAGGUUCAUGGGGAUUACUCGGAAGACGUUGGAACAAAGGUUGACAGACCUGCUGAUGAAACAGUAGUUGAAGGAACAACUGAAGUAGUUGGAGCUUGAACUCGCUCAUGAUGAAUUUUUGUUUGUUUAGAAUCCCUGUUGCAUUUACUAAUAUUUAUACUUAAAUUUUGUUUUGGCAUUUAGAAGAGCAUUUGGUUUUUCGAUAUGGAUUUUCGGUUUUUAAUCUUUAUUGGAGACGCUGAAAUUUCUCUGCCUA